AUGCCAGAUGCCCAUACUUGUGUAAAGUUAUACACAUCUAGAUCUCGGGUAGCUCCAAUGAAGACGACCACCAUACCCCGUCUUGAAUUGUGUGGUGCCUUAUUGCUGACAGAAUUGGUCGCAGAGGUCCAAGGUGAACUUGCGAAGCUAAACAUUGUAUUACACCAGGACAAUGUACACCUGUGGACGGAUUCUACAAUUGUCAUUGCUUGGAUAAGCACAUUAGUGCCACUGCAAGUAUUUGUUUCUAACCGGGUUGCGCGAAUAAAUGAACUAACAGCUCACGUUCAAUGGCAUCAUACGCCUACUGCGGACAAUCCGGCUGACCUUGUUUCUCGAGGAAUCGAUGUCUGUGCCUUACCGUCUUGCAAAUUAUGGUGGAAUGGUCCUGAGUGGCUACGCCUACCUCCAAGUCAUUGGCCAUUAAAUCCCGCAUUACCAUCAAGCAUACCGGAAACUCGCAACAUUAAGCUGGCAUUGGCUGCUAUCACAAUUGAUUGCUUGUGGAUUUCAAAAAAGUACUCCAAUUGGAUAACAUUGUUAAGGAUAACUGCAUUAGUGCAGCGUUUUUUACAUAACUGCCGAUCAAGCAUUUCACAUACCGAGCGUCGAUUUGGUUUUAUUUCUUUGGAAGAAAUGAACCAAGCCAAGGUCUUUUGGGCAUCACGUUCCCAAGCUGAAUCAUUUCCAAAUGAGACAUCAUCAUUGAAGGCGGGACGACUAGUUCACCGUAGCAGCUGUCUACGGGCCCUAAGUCCAUUUAUAGAUGAUCAAGGUUUGAUUCGUGUGGGUGGCAGGUUAAAUAACGCUGAAGUCCCAUACAACACAAGGCACCCAGUGGUACUUUCCAGCAAGUCUAGUAUUACCAAACUGAUUUUUCAAUACGAGCAUCGACGCUUAAUGCACAUUGGCCCGCAAGCAUUACUAGCUCACAUUUCAUGUAACUAUUGGAUUGUCCGUGGCAGAAUAAUAGCCAGAAAAACAGUAAGCAAUUGCCAUCAAUGCUUCCGCGCAACACCCAGGCUCAUUUCUCCCUAUAUGGCUCACUUACCAAGGGAACGGGUAACUGUUGCAAGGCCAUUUGCAAGGAGUGGGCUAGAUUUCUGCGGUCCAAUCAUGAUUCGGAGUGGGCGCCGAAAGGUGGCCCCCACAAAAAGUUAUAUAUGUGUCUUUGUGUGCAUGACCACCAGGGCUAUCCACUUGGAACUGGUUUCCUCGCUUUCUACUGAAGACUUUCUUGCAACCUUGUCAAGAUUUAUGGCCAGAAGAGGUCAAUGCACUAGCCUCUACAGCGAUAAUGGGUCUAACUUUGUAGGUGCCAACCGUGUUCUCAAGUCCUAUUUUCAAACGCUGAACAAACGCAUAAGCAGCUCAAUGACUUUCUUGUCAUCCAAGACAUUAAGUGGAGUUUCAUUCCCCCAUCGGCCCCCCAUUUUGGCGGUCUAUGGGAAAGUGCUGUAA